CACAAUUAAGACAUACAAAUUUAACAAAUAAGCACAUGCUGCCGCUGGGAAUUUUUGAUAUUUGAAAAUCCAGGAUUAUGUUUGCUAUGUGAAUGAAGAUUGUUAAAAGUAACCGUUAUUAUAAAUAAUAAUUAAAAAAAUAUAUCGGAUUGCGUUCCAGAAAAGGCUCCACUUUCUCAGAAGACCCGCCGCUUCGGAUUCUACCCUCCAACCCCUGUUGUGACGACCAGAGAAACAUGUCCAAACAACCGGUGGCCCACAUGCCCGCGCAGCCAUCGGACGGAACUGCGGUUUUUCCAGCCGACAAGCCCGCAUUGGCAGCCCCUCAGCCGGCCACUCCUCAGCACAACUACCCGGCGCCUCAGCCGCCGGCUCAAUGCAACGAGAGGCAAACUUUUUGUCCCACGGAAAAUAUACCGGGAGCACCGGACGGCAGUAAAGCAUACGGGACGUUCAAAAACAACCCACCGGUGGCCCCGGCGUCUGUGACGGCCAAUUCUGCCUUGGUCAAGGAGCCCCCUAUUUCGUCCUGCGGGGAUGGGGCGCAGUACGCGGAGCAGAACAACACUGCGUCCAAGUGGACCCCUUUGAGACAGACCACCGUCAUCCUGGGGGUGGAUGGCAACAUGUCCGUUCAAGCCGGCUCUCUGUCCCGGGCUCAAGAUGAUGACGACGAGGGAGGGGAUGAGAACAAGGCCAGGGGAAACUGGUCCAAUAAACUGGAUUUUAUUCUCUCCAUGGUCGGCUAUGCCGUGGGACUGGGGAACGUGUGGAGGUUUCCUUAUCUUGCCUUCCAGAACGGUGGAGGUGCAUUUUUGAUCCCUUACCUGACAAUGUUGGGGACCGCCGGCAUCCCCAUCUUUUUGCUGGAAGUGUCCCUGGGCCAAUUUGCCAGCCAGGGCCCCGUGUCGGUGUGGAAGUGCAUCCCGGCACUGCAAGGUUGCGGGAUUGCCAUGUUGAUAAUAUCUGUCUUGAUAGCCAUAUACUAUAAUAUUAUUAUGUGCUGGACACUGUACUACCUGUUCGCUUCGUUGAAGGGCUCACUGCCAUGGGCUAACUGUAGGAAUGCGUGGAACACGGUGGAUUGUAAGGACAAAGACAUGCUGCUCUUAGACUCAUGCAUCUUGCAGGAUACGAACUUGACCUUGAUCAAGAACUCUUCCUUUUGUUUGUCCGCCCACACUGUCGGAAACUUGAGCAAGCUCUUAAAUAUGGCAGUGGAAGGUGGGAAGACAUAUGUCAGCCCCAGUGAGGAGUACUUCAAGUACAAUGUACUGCACAUCUCCAAAGGCAUCGAAUACCCGGGAGAGAUUCGCUGGCCUCUGGCAGGCUGUCUCUUUCUGGCCUGGGUCAUUGUCUACGCCUCUUUGGCCAAGGGAAUCAAGACUUCAGGGAAGGUGGUGUAUUUCACAGCCACUUUUCCUUACGUGGUACUGGUGAUCCUGUUGAUCAGAGGUGUGACCCUCCCCGGGGCUGCUGAUGGUAUUCUGUACUUCAUCACACCAAAGUGGGAGAAACUCAUGGACGGGAAGGUGUGGAAAGAUGCAGCCACACAGAUCUUUUUCUCUCUGUCUGCUGCCUGGGGAGGCCUCAUAACGCUCUCGUCCUACAAUAAGUUCCACAAUAACUGCUACAGGGACACCAUAAUAGUUACGUGUACAAACAGUGCCACCAGCAUAUUUGCUGGCUUUGUCAUCUUUUCUGUCAUCGGUUUCAUGGCACAUGAGUUGGAUGUGCCAAUUGACAAGGUGGCAGAUGAAGGUCCAGGCAUCGCAUUUGUGGUGUAUCCAGAGGCUCUAACCAGACUCCCCCUGUCUCCAUUCUGGGCUAUUAUCUUCUUUCUCAUGCUCCUGACUCUCGGCCUGGAUACCAUGUUUGCGACCAUUGAGACUAUUGUGACGUCUGUGUCGGACGAGUUCCCCAAAUACUUCAGGAAGCACAAAGCUGUGGUGACACUGGUCUGCUGCUUGAGCUUUUUCAUCCUGGGAUUUCCCAUGAUCACAGAGAACGGCAUGUACAUGCUACAGUUGGUGGACACAUAUGCAGCCUCCUACUCCUUGGUCAUCAUCGCCAUUUUUGAGCUAGUGGGGAUUUCUUAUCUGUAUGGGCUGCAAAGGUUUUGCGAGGAUAUUGAAAUGAUGAUUGGUUUUCAGCCCAAUCGCUUCUGGAGACUCUGCUGGGCCUUUGUGACACCAACCAUUCUGACGGGCAUCUUGAUUCUGAGUCUUUCUCAGUGGAGUGUGAUGACAUAUCAGGACUACACGUACCCCACCUGGUCCAUGGUGCUGGGGUGGCUGAUGGUUAUCUGUUCCGUUAUCUGGAUCCCCAUCAUGUUUGUCAUCAAGAUGUACCUCGCUCCUGGCACCUUAAUUGAGCGUCUGAAGCUGGUUUGCUCCCCUCAGCCGGACUGGGGUCCAUUCCUGAUGAAGCACCGUGGCGAACGCUACAAGAACAUGAUGGAUCCACUGGGAACCAGCUCCCUUGGCCUCAAACUGCCCCAUACGGACUUCCAGCUCAGCACCCUCUAGUGACAGCAGUCCCAGGAGAGCUCUCAUCUUGGGUGGGGGUGCUGGGAAGAGGAACGCUUUUCUUUCUUACCUUCCCUCUGCCUCUUUUCCACUAUGUGCUUCACCGUCUUUUCCCUUUGUCUUCCUUCUAGUGUGAAUUUGGUAAUAAUCACCUUCUCCUCCUCCUUCCUCUUCUACUUCCCUUCUUUCAGGGAGGAGGGGCUACCCCGGUGGAAUCACCUCCACUGGUGAUGCUUUGGGCUCAUUUGGUGGUCUCUCAUUGCCUCCCACUGAUGACGACUGAGUUCAGCGAAGCCUUUUGCUGGGAUUCUGAUUCCUUGUGACCAGUUGUCAUAAAUGGACCGAGCUGCGAUCUGCAAUACUUUAGCUGCUCCCAAUGAAGUCAUGUGUGUUUGUGGCUGUGUGGAAAAAUCAAAUGAAUACUUUCAGCACAAUCAGACACAGGAAAAUAAACUUGUCAGUGACAGAGACAAUGGUUCAAAAAGCUUGGCUAGGAUCAGUCUUUGUUCCAUCCCCAUGCACAUGAAUAUAUUGGUAGUGAAAAUAUUAAGACUGCGCCUUAAUAUUUACAAAAAAAGUUUGUGGUUCUUUAAUUUUACAUUCCAUCCCAGCAUUGUGUAUUCAUAUUAGCCACUCCUUUGCUGCUGUUGCUCCUACAACUAGUGAUGGGAAGUGAAGAAUAGAAAAUCAGGAAUUUGUGCCUCCUUGGUCCAUGUAGAGCAGUCAGUGUAUUGUGAUUGGCCCAUUCGUUCGAUACACGUUGGCCUUGGAUGACUCUGCAGGGUCAUAGAAACUUGGCUCGAUACUUCUCUGAAUCCCAGGGAAUCUUUGUGGGAUCCUCUUUUUUUCCUCAUCUUACAUCAUCUUGUCUAUCUCUGUAAAAUGCCAGUAAAGCCGAUCCACCUUUUACUUAACAAUAUAGAAGCCAUUUAACCUUUUUAAAGCGCUAAAACGAAGCCUGCUAGUCACUCUGUAUGUCUAGUGUAGAAAGUAUAUUGCAGUAGGCUGUGUGUGUUGUGAACUUCAUAGCAACUUGUGAAAACACAAUGUGCAUUGCACUAAUAGCUUCACCCACACAUAUAUGUGCUUAUACACGUGCACAUACAUGUGUAUAUAAAUUGCAUAUAUGUGUGUGUGUGUGCUUCUACAUGAAUAUAUCUAACUUUUAGCAGAGGAGGGAGCUGUCACGACAGAUUGAAUGUGCGUGUUGUCUUUGUAUAUGUACGAAGUGUUCGUUUUGGUGUGUACGGUCACGUCCCACAAUACUUAACAGGCUAGAAAAAGGAUUCUCAUUUCCUGGAGUUGUUUUUGUCUUAUUUGCGAUAUACAGGUAGCUCUGAAGACCUCUUUGCCGUUUUGAAACCUUCUCGCUUCACUGUACGUCCUCUUGAAAACAGGGUCUCAGGUAUUCACAAGUCCAUCAAAUGAGUGCUUGUUGAACGGGAUUUGGUGGGAUUCGGUUACGCUGUGGAACAAAUACAAAAGCAUUAAGAUAUUCUGUACCACCGUGUUGAAUAGGCAUUGGUUUGUAUGUGUGUGUGAUCCACUGGCGAAUGAUUGCAAGUAUGCAUCUUUUCCUGAGAACAAAUUAUAAGCUAUAAAGAGUACGUAAAUGUAUCAAAUGUAGCUCAUAGGCACACUUUGCAGUCUCUAUAAACGAGUACGAACCAGCUUGUAGGUUAAAGUAAUUCAGAAGCCGUCCAAGAAACUAAAAAUACUGCACAUGUUUUGAGUGUUCAGCAGGUUUCAGCGCUAACAGUUGCUUGGAUGUAAAAGUCUCAUGGAUUGUUUCAGUGAUACCCACUGUACAAACUUGGAAGAAAUUUGUUUUGAGAUUGUGAAACCCAAACAAUGCAUGUGGUGAACACACGGUUACACAAGAGUCUGAUGACAAACUGCUUAUUGCUGUAUUUAGCUUGAGGCGUUCAAAUGUGAUGUGUGCGCGUGCGUUUGCCUUAGUGUUUUUAAUGUGGCCAACUAUCAGACGUUUGCACGGCUAUUAGGUGAGUGAUUAUGUGCGGUGAUACCCACCCACUUUCCCAAAUUGCUGGAAGAUCUGAAUGUCUACAAAGGAAAGGUAAAGUUUUCACAAUAACUAACCAUAAAGUUGAUUGUGUGAUGUAGUGCGUUGUAUGUUCUCUGCAGACUUUAAAUGCCUGAUAAUGUAUUAUAAUGGGUAAAAGGGCCACAUUGAUGUCUGUCCUUGUCUUUCACGUUCCCUGCAUUUGUUUUGAGGGAGCAAAGGCGCUAAAUCCACAUAGCUUCAUGAAAUAUGACACUCGUAGGCUUGCAUGUGCAGUUUGUGUUGCUCAACUCAAAAGUCCAUGUAUAGAUAUUUAUCAAUGCAUGAUAAACGAGCUGUUUACAUGAAACAAAUGACCCAGAGGUUAAAGAAAAACUAUUUAGUUGGUCAUUUGAACUAAUCAAAGAAUAACAUGAAUAACUCUGCAAGUCAACUUUUGGCAGUCACCAAAGGAAGAAAAAAAUAGAAAUUUAAAGAUAAAAUAGAAGAAAAAAGGAUCAUGUGAUUUGUGUGUAGGAGUUUUAGCUACUGCCAUACAUGUUCCAUGCAGUAUUAUCUUGGGUGUUUGCCAAUAUGUUACAAAACAUCUUCAGGUAACCAUUGGCCUUAUAGAUGUCUUCUAAUAGUACAAUAUUAUAUGUAUUUCAGAUAUAUCACCACAGAAAAGCUUCUUGUCUGUCUCAUGGUAUCAGUAUUCCUAUCGUCAGUGUGGCACUUUACUGUGUGACCUAUGAUGGCGUAGGUUAAAAUUUUAAUUACUUGAGUAAUGUAAUACAUUUGUGUGUGUUCUCUGGGAGGCACAGCUGCCUAUGGAUAUAGAUAUGUGCCUCCAACAUGAAUCAUAUAUUUAGAAAUAGAGUAUAUAUGUUUUAGAAUUGGUGUAAGAUAAAAGAAUAUAAUAUAAGAUAUAUGUGAAAUGCAUUUAUUUUCACUUGUCAUCAA